AUACUUACCCAGAGAGAACGGUGGAACGAGGGAAGCGCAAUGCUCAGGGCGCUUAGUGACCUGCAUAUGACCAGGCUGAUGGGCAACGACAAACAGCUGAAAACAAAGCUCUUGUCCAGUGUGAAGGCCUGCAUUGAAACUCGCCAUCCAGACUUUUUGGGAGACCAUAAACAAGACGCCCAUGAGUUCUUGCUGGUUUGCCUGUCUCACCUUAAAGAGGAGGGCGAGUUUCUGCGAAGCUGCUGGCCCACAUACACCUGCCCAGUAGCUAACAUGGAGUUUCAGCUCAACCGCCUUCUCACCUGCAACAGCUGUGGUUUCCAGAGGAGCUUUACAGAGGAUUCCAACUACCUCUCUCUGGUGAUCAGUCCUCAAAGAAGCCUCACUCACAGCCUGGAGCAGUACUUCAAAACAUCUUCGUUGGACUGCUCAUGCAGUGAGUGUGCUGGCGCGACAGCUUCUGAGGCCCUGGAAUUAGUUACCUGUCCACGGAUCCUGGUGCUUCUGGUGAUGCGUUUUGACAUAACAUCGUCAAUGAAGAAGCUGAAAGAUAAACUGGAAGUUCCACAAGAGUUUUCACUGUCCUGUAGUACAGGUGGAAGAAUCAGACAGCAGGACACUGUAUAAACUAGCUGGUGUCGUGUCACAUAUGGGCAGCAGUUUGUAUUGUGGGCACUACAUCAGUUAUGUCCAUGACGGAUCUGAAUGGCUUAAAUGCAGUGACAACUCCAUCAAAAAAUCCAGCUGGACAAAGGCGUCAAAAAAAAUGGGAAAGAAUGGCUACAUGCUCUUCUACGUGAAGAG